CCUACCCUCGCCCACUUUGUCGCUUAUGGCCUGCACCGUACCCGACUCCCACCCGUCGUCACCUUUGCCGCUCUUCUCCUCUUGCAGAGAUUAAAAUCUCGAUUCCCCGCCGCCCGAGGAUCAUCAGGUCACAGAUUGUUCAUCUCGGCCUUCAUGAUCGCCUCCAAGGUCAUCUGCGACGACACUUACUCGAACCAAUCUUGGGGUAUCGUCGCUCAAAAGAUGUUUGCCUUGAAGGAGAUCAACCAGAUGGAGAGGGAAAUGUGUGGAUACCUCGACUGGAAUCUCAACAUUUCUGGCCCCGAAGCGAUUGAA